GUCGGUAAUUUUCUCUAACAACAGGCGUUCGGCAAACAAGGCGCGUCUAGAUUCCUAGCUCGGAGGCUGCAUCCGGGCCACCGCAGGGAUCGAGUUACGAGGAGCGUGCGAAUGUCAAGGAACCCUCGCCGCUGCGUCACCGCCCGCCAGUCGCAGCCGACAUGUCUGCGGGUGCGCAUGCCUCGCGCACGCUGAUAGCGCUCCUCGCGAUCGCCGCGCAACUAGUCGGAUCUGAAGAUAUCACUUGUGCCAAGGACGGUUUGUACGCGGACUACGACAGCGGCUGUCGCGAAUAUGUGAAAUGUCUAGGGGGUGUAAUGAAAGGACGAUAUGUUUGUGGGUCGGGACGGGCGUUCAGUGAGGUAGCAGGCGCAUGCGUGCCUAAAAGGCGCCAGCCCUGCGUCCGCCGCAUCUGUGCUCCAGGAGACGAGCUGGCGUACGCGUCUCCUGGGACAGCUUGCCGGCACUAUUAUCGUUGCGAAAAUGGCAGUGCGGUGGAGCACGCGUGCCCUUCCGGAGCAUGGUUCGACCUCGACCGUCAGGCGUGCACGCGAGGCGCCGGCACUUGCUACGAACCAGUGUGCGCAGGUUUGCCGGACGGAACAUACCCGGACACGUCCCACGAAUGCCGUCGGCGGUUACAAUGCCGCGGAGCUGAGCUUCGAACGGUGAUGUCCUGCCCUGGGGGGGCCUGUACUAAGUCCUGCCCACCACCCCGCUCUGCAGCCUUUCCUCUCCCCGCAGGCGACGCAGACUUCUGUUCUGACGAAGUCUGCUCCUCGCUGUGCCACCAAGCCGAGGACGGGGCCUACGCCGACCGGUCCACUGGUUGCCGUGAAUACUUUGUGUGUGAAUCUAAGCGUGUUAUUCGACGGGGAGUAUGCGAACCAGGACAUUUGUUCUCUGGAGGAGGGUGCGAGCCAGCUUCCCGAACGUAUUGUCCACCACCAGCUCGAAGCCCGUGCUUCAACCGCCCGGACGGCCUGUACCGAGACUGGCGCGACUGUUCGUCGUGGUUCGACUGUAGACGCGAGCGAGUAGUGACGCGUGGCUCUUGCGAUCCCGGGUUGGUGUUCGAUGGUGCGAGGUGUGUAACCAGAGACAUUUUUACGUGUGAAGGGCCGGAACCUGCUAUAGUGUGCGAUGGACUGCCAAGUGGGACAUAUCAAGAUUUAGAAUCUAAUUGCACGCGAUACUUCCACUGCGAAGGAAGCCUUCGAACGACAUUAGCAUGCCCUCCAGGCAAAGUGUUUGACGGUGCUCGAUGCUCGCUUGCUGAACAGUACUUGUGCCCGAGCUUGGAACAAGAUUCAUGUUACGGACGUCCAGACGGUCGCUACCGAGCCUUGGAUACAGGAUGCAGAGGAUACUACUCGUGUGUGAACGGAGAAAAGGCGGUGUACGCGUGCGCCAUGGGACACGUGUUCGAUGGUGAAAUGUGUGUUCCUGCACAUCUGGGCAAAUGCCCGAUCGAUGACUACUCGUGUUCUGGAUUAAACGACGGCUACCACGCAGAACUAGAGUCAAACUGCCACAGAUAUUUUUACUGCGAGGGGGGUGAUCGACUGGCCACGCUGUCCUGUCUGGCAGGGAAGAUCUUCGACGGGCACGCGUGUGUGGAACCUUCGAGGCACGAAUGCGGUGCUCCCCCUAAAAAUACCAUCGAAAACGGCGGUAAAUACUGCGAACGCGACGGCUUCUUCGUACAACAAGGCACAGAGUGUAAAGGCUACUACUUCUGCGUCACCGGCAUAAGGACAUACUUGACGUGUCCCAACGGCCAAAUCUUCAACGGGCAAGUAUGCGUGCCUCGACACCAGUACACCUGCCCUGGAUGAAAACAAACUUAACAAAAGAUGUGACAACGGCCAGGGGUUGCAAGAAUGUGGCGAGUCUGCUAUUAUCAACCUUAUCCAUAGCAUAAGAAUGACGCUGUAGAAACGUAGACUUAGCCUGUGUCGCCCUUAAAACGAGAAGGCCUAGUGUUGAGAUGUACCUGAUAUCAUUAAGGCUGUGAUUAUAAUAUAUCUGGGACUAUGUGUUCAUACUCGUAGCAAUUGUAUCGAUCAAUCGCAUUAGCAAUAUUUUUCCAAACUAUUUAUUUAAAUAAUACACAAACUCCGUUAAUUCUAUAAUUUUAUUUGCAUAGAAAUAUUUAAGCAACCUAACUAGUAUAAUGUCUAAUAAAUUACACAGUGACUAUAUCUUACAGAAUUACUUACAAAUAAAAAUACACUAAGCCCCGUGAAUAGAAAAAUAUUUUUUCUUUUAACAUUGUAAAAGAUAGACAAACAAUAUAUUAUAUAUGAAAGCUAAAAUACUUUCACUGGAGCAACAAAAUUUUUAAUAAAAUAAUUAAGACAAUCUUUUCCUAUACAUUUGGAAUAGCACAAUGUUAUAAGGACAUGCAACUUUGUAACAAAGAAUUAUUAUCAUCAAUUUUAAGUAAACAAAAAGUUUUUUGGCAAUACUCAUAUAUUUUAAGGAAUGAAUUUAACAGCUAGUACCAUAGUUUUUUAUCAAGAACAUAAUAAACUAUAAAUAAAUAAAUAUAUUGUUUAUAUACUGUUUUUUCUUCAAUAUCACUUCUAGAGAUUUCUCUAUACAAAUUUUAUUUAUACAUUAACUUCUCCAAUCAUACUGACAAUACCUCUACUUACACAGGUUAUAAUUACAAAUUUAUCAAAGACGAGUUCAAUCACUCUAUACAUUUUUUUAUUUGGUCCACGCCAAAACUAGUGACAAAUGUUAAACAUUCAAAUAAAAUAAAUUUACCACGAAAUUGUGAUCAAUAAAUCUGAAAAACAUCUUUAAAUAUAAAAAAAAUAAAGCACUUAACAAACUGAAAUAAGUUAUGAUUAGAAUACGUUUAAAGUUUAUUUUUAUUGAUGCAGUUAGAUUGUCAGUAAUUAAAUGAUUAUUUGUCACAAGGAUCUUAAUUUCCUUAAUAACAAAUUCAAACUGCAAUAUCAGCUGUAUACACUUAAUAUUUUGAAACAAACUGAUAGCUUUGUGGGAGUAGUGGCACGCGUAUCAUACAAAAUUAAGAGUUACGAACUAGGCAUAAAGAUUGGAAUUAGCGAUCCCUUUCCAGUUGUAAAGUAAGACUGUGUAGACAAACGUGAGAGAGAGUGAAAGCGAUCGUGCAACUAAAAGUUGGUGUUAGCUUUUGACAGCACUCGCUAUUCUCAUAGUAUCGCUUUCUCUCUUACUAAGUUGUCAAUUUCACGCGAGUGCCGCUCGGUCCAUUCUCUAUGUCCAUCUCUCGAUAACAGACAAAAGAAGAUCAGUUUUUCCUUAUAUUUCCACUGUAGGUCUUACAACAAGAACUAAAGCAUAGAAGUAAUGCUUUGACGUUCGAGCUUACACUCCCAUAGACAAUAAAUGAAUGAAAAGAUUUCCAAACAAUGUAUUACCCAACCAAAAAGUGUUAGUGGCCUGUUGGCAGGUUGCAUUUUACAUAAGAUCGCUUUUAAAUAUGUGUCGUAAAGGUAACCAAGGUAUCCACAAUGACAAAGCAUACCAUACAAAGGUAUCCUAUUGGACGUUUGUAUAGUAGUACGCACGCUAUUCAUAGUAAAGUUCACAGAAACAUAUAUUUGUCCCUUUUCGGUCCACUUGUAAAAAAAGAAUAACUAUAUGAGGCGACUUAAUAUAUUUGAAUUUAAUUAAACUCUUUCUAUGCUUUAGUUUUUGUACUGAGAAGUAGGUGGUAAAUGACUGAUGG